AUGGCGAAGUUAAUCUUUCUUACAUUGGCACUGUUUUCAGCUUUUACGCCUGCAUAUUCUCUUCCUUUCGUCGUUUUCCAUGGAAUUGAAGAUGAAUGCACAAACAACGGAUUGAAAAUUUUUAUCAAUGAUCUAAGCCAGUGGUCGGGUUCCCAAGGACAUUGCAUAGAAAUUGGAAAUGGAGCAAGAGAUUCCUUGUUCAUGCCAUACACAAAACAGACUAAAAUUGCUUGUGAGAAGGUGAAAAAUAUUAGUGCCCUCAGCCACGGCUACAAUAUAGUUGGACUUUCCCAGGGAAGUAUCCUUGGCCGUUCUGUUAUUGAGUCUUGUGAAGGAGCCCCUCAAGUGAAUAAUUUUGUAUCACUGGCUGGUCCACAUGCUGGGACAGCUUCGAUUCCUGUGUGUAAUUCCGGAAGAAUCUGCAAUCUGGUGCACUACUUGAUAAAAAUAGGAUUAUAUAGUAACUAUGUGCAGGAAAACUUUGCACCGGCUGGUUAUACAAAAAUCCCAACUGCUAUCAAUCAAUACAUGCAAGGAUGCAAGUUUCUUCCUCAACUGAAUAACGAAUACAAGGAUCACAAGAAUGCUGUUUACAAGAAAAGAUUCGCCAGCUUGCAGAAUCUUGUGCUUAUCAUGUUUGAUGAUGAAGAGGUGUUGGUUCCGAAAGAAACCUCAUGGUUCGGGUAUUUCGCAGAUGGGUCGCUGACUAAGGUUUUGCCUGUUCAAGAGACAGCAUUGUACAAGGAAGAUUGGAUUGGCUUACGGAGUUUAGAUGAAGCUGGGAGAGUAAAAUACAUAAAUGUAUCGGGAGGGCACCUUGACGUAUCGAAUAUGGAUAUGAAGAAAUACAUUGUGCCUUAUUUGGAGUCACAGUCAGUUUUCUGCUUGCCCGGAGCAUCUUGUGUCCUCAAUGCCCUAUGUUAUGCUGAAUUAGCUUAUCGCUUGCCUGGUAUAGUUGGGGGCGAAUAA